AUGAUCCUCGUUGGGCUCCUAGCCGGUGCGUCGUCCUCGUCCUUGAUGUGGCAGUAUGAUCGGGCGGUGACGAUGAAUGACGUGAGGAUCUAUCCGGCGAAGGGAGAAACAUCGAUGAGAGAGAGAAGGAGAGAGAAAGAGGAGGGCGGUGAUGAUGUUUUGAGCAUCGAUUGUGGGUCAUCUGAUUCGUACACUGAAGAAAACUCAGUAAACUGGGUUGGAGACGACUCCUUUGUUCAGAAUGGCAAGUCUCAAGUGGUGCAGAUCCCUAAUGGAGUCUCUCAAGCAAUGAGCACUUUGAGAGUGUUUACAACUCGGAAGAAAAACUGCUACUCCAUUAAUGCAGAAAAGGGCACUCAAUGUCUUGUGCGUGGAAGCUUCUACUAUGGAAACUAUGACAAGAAAUCAGCUCCUCCCUCCUUUGAUGCUCUUUUGGAUGGGAAUUUUUUUGAAACAAUUCAGACUACAGCUGAGGAUGUUGUCUAUUUCGAAGUUAUAUAUGUUGCAACAACCGGCUCUAUACAACUGUGUCUGGCUCAAUCUAAGCCGAACCAGUUUCCAUUUAUAUCCGCGAUUGAGGUCCGGGCCAUGGAUAUAACAAUGUACCCUGGUUUUGAUUCCAACUAUAUCAUGGUUACUAGAAUGAGGGUCGCUUAUGGUGCAGCUAAUACUAUAAGGUUUCCGGAUGAUGAUUAUGACCGUAUUUGGGAUCCAUCGGGAGAUGUGACCGGCACAUUGAAGGUCACAAGUGAUGCACCAGGAAUUGAUGGCAUUGCCAUAGAUCAGCCUCCAAAACUAGCUAUGCAAACUGCAAUAACCACCUCAGAAAAAUCACAACAUUUGCGUCUUGGCACUGGUCUUUCAAGAGCUAAAGUUCCCAUUUACAUCAACAUGUUCUUCUCCGAAGUGAUCCUACUUGAUCCGUUGACUGAUACCAGAUACUUUCAGAUAUUCGUUGAUGACGAUACUCCUUCAGAUCCCAUCAUUCCCAUCUAUGGAGGCGUGACAGACAAGACUGGCUCUUCGAAUACUUCGAUUACUCUGGUGGCCACAACUGCUUCAACGCUGCCUCCCCUAAUCAACGCCAUGGAAGUUUACUAUCUUCAAGGGCCACUAACAGAGGGAACAAAUAGUAAAGACGUUGAAGGGCUGGCUGCAUUGCAAGCAGAGUUCAGCAUACUACAGGAAUGGACUGGAGACCCUUGCCUUCCAUCUCCAUAUACAUGGGACUGGGUCAAUUGCACUACUGAUGACACACCAAGAGUAACAGCACUGUAUUUGAACGGCUAUGGUCUCUCUGGGGAACUUCCAGACUUCAGCUCCAUGGAUGCUCCUGUCACAAUAGAUAUGCAUAACAACAGCUUGAGUGGAGCAAUUCCUAGUUUUCUUGGCACCUUGCCCAAUCUAAGAGAACUGAACUUAAGAGACGAUGAACUGAGUGGACCAGUACCCUCCACAAUCUCAAAGAAUACUAAGCUGAAGUUAGAGGAUUCUGGCAAUCCUAAUCUAUGUGCCUCUGGUGAAUCCUGCAAGACAAGUGCUAGUAAUGACAGCCCCUCUUCAUCAGGUAGUAGUGGCACUCCGAAGAAAAGCAGCAAUCUACCAUUAAUUCUUGGAAUAGCAAUUCCAGCUUUUCUUCUGUUCUGGGGUAUUGUGAUAGUGUGUGUCUGUGUAAGUACGAAUAAGAGAAGAAGAGAAGCCAUCGGAGCCAUUGGCACAGGACAAGCUGGUAUGGCCAACAUGCCUAACGGCGCUCAACAAAGAGUGCAAAUGAUGAACGGUCAAAUGGCGGAUAAGUUCGGAGAAGUUGUGAUGAACCAGUUCGAGGUCAAUGUUGAGGAGCAAGCAACCCCAGACUAUCAGCAACAAGUAACGCCAGAACACAUACAAGAUCAAGACGAUAGGCGACUGCAUUAUUGAGACACUCAU